CAGCCCGCCCUCUUUGCCCAGCCCGCCCGGAGCCGCUUUGUCCGGGUGACAGCGGCUCCCUAGAGCAGAGAGCGGAGCAGCAAGCGGCGGCUCGCCGGCUCAGUGGCUGCGGUGGUGCACAGGGGGUGGGGGCAGGAAAAACGAGCCCCAGCAGCACCAGUCCUGGAACGGAGGUGGUUACAGAACAUGCAGGACAAUCCCUUCUCAGGAAUCUCAACCCAACACUGACCCCCAGUUCCCAGAGACCAGCUCUGCCUUAAGAAUUUACUCCAAUCGUAGGCCAAGGCAGAGCGCAAUCUCUCCUGCAGCUCAUACAGCAACCUCUGCAUAGAACCUUGCAUAACAGAACUAACAGCGGCACACAUCUUCCUAAGACUGAACAUUGUCUCACAAACCGAGAAAAAGAACUUGGAAGACUGAGUAACACCAUCACCUGGAGGAAUGAGGGGAGAAUCGUAUUUCCUUGGAAUGCGAGGCCCUGGUCACUAUGGCUGUAUUCUGGAGGAUGGGGGACUUUUCCUACUCUACUCUAUAGACCGAGACAAGGAUAUAAAGAGAUGUUUUGCAGAGGAAGAUUUUCAUGAAAUAACUGAUUUCAAUGAUCUCCCAAAUUCUCUCUUCGCUUGUAACGUCCACCAAUCUGUGUUUGAAGGCGAGGACAGCAAGGAGAAGUUUGAGGGCUUGUUCCGUGCCUAUGAUGACUGUGUGACGUUCCAGUUGUUUAAAAGCUUCAGACGUGUGCGGAUAAAUUUCAGCAGUCCUAAAUCAGCUGCUCGGGCCAGGAUAGAGCUGCAUGAAACACAGUUCAGAGGGAAGAAGUUAAAACUAUACUUUGCACAGGUUCAGACCUCCGAGACAGAUGGGGACAAGCUUCAUUUGGCUCCACCACAGCCCGCAAAACAGUUUCUCAUCUCGCCUCCAGCCUCCCCUCCCGUAGGGUGGCAGCCAAUAGAUGAUGGAACACCAGUCAUCAACUAUGACCUCCUUUAUGCAGUUUCUAAACUAGGACCAGGGGAGAAGUACGAGCUGCAUGCAGGGACAGAGUCCACCCCGAGCGUGGUGGUGCAUGUCUGCGACAGUGACACAGAGGAAGAAGAGGACCCAAAGAAUUCUCCAAAGCCAAAAAUUAUUCAAACCCGGCGCCCUGGCCUGCCUCCUCCUGUGUCUAACUGAGCCUCUCCAGCGGAAGCCGCACUUCUCUCCUCCAGCAUGGCUCUUUGUUUUUCUGUUUGCUAUGUUUUGUUGAAGGGCAGUCAUUGCCUCUUGGGUAAUGGGACAUCUAGCUCAUUGAAAUCCCGUCUCUGUACUCAAGCCUGUCUAACACAAGGGCUAGGAAAAAGUUCUUUGUACAUGUAACCAUAUCACCUGCAAUCAAGUGUAAUAGAUCUUGGGAAAGGGGCUAGAAUAGGCUGGGAAGAGGGGAGGGGGCUCAGUCUGAGGGUUUUUCAUAGCUUUGCACCUUGUAAUGAUAGCAAAACCAGAAGCAUCACUUAGUAAACUAGUGAUGAGCAAAUAGGCUGAUGUUGGGAUUAACAUUCAGACUAGCAGAACAACAUUCUCUGCUCCACUUCCCGUAGGAUCCCACUCCCCACUCUCCCACUCCUCCCCAGCAGACCUGGGUCUCCCGCUUGUCCCUCAUUCUUACCUGAUGUCAUCGUGUGAGGUAGCAGCUCGGCGGCCUUUAACCCCUUCACCUCCACUUACUGAGCAUUUAUCUUGUGGGGGGCAACCCAGUGGCCUUUCACUCCCCCUGGAAACUUCUGCAGGGGACAAGAAGUUCUCUGCAUGUUUCAGUUACAGCCAGAGGAGUGAAACACUCCUGUCCCUUGACUGCUGCUGAAUACGCUGGCCCUUUAAAUCUGAGGCUAACACACCCUGGAGUGCAUUGGGCUGAAGGGGGAGGCAGGAUUUUGUGAAGGGGGAGGUGUCCUUCAUUCCUUCGCCCUCCAAUGAGAGGGAGCCAGGCUGCUAGCAGUGGGGGAAAUCCUCACAUUCCCUCCCAGCAGGAGGGCAAGGAUGUUACUUCUCUUUUCCUGCACCCCUGAGCUUAGGGUGGAGAAGCUAACUUCCCAUUACACUGGGAUUCAUUGCUGUCUCAUGGUAGCAGCAAAAGGCAGUGAUGGGCAGAGGUUUCCAGUGGAAUGCUGGAUAGCCCUGAUACUCCAGCUAUUUGCAAAUAUUUGCCUAUCCCUAAUAAUCAGCACUCCCCCUCCCCCUUUGCUCGAUGUGUUUUAAGGUCCAUAUUAGCUGUAUGCAGUAUUCUCUCCCCGCCCCUCCCCCAGGCCAAAUAAAACAGGACCACACUUAAACUUGAACUUAGACUGCAUGGAAUUUACUCUCCUGUCUCACUCACUCCUACAUGUCCCUGUCACCCAUAAAAUGCACAGGAUUACUGACAUUUUUGUGCUUUCAUUGUGGCUGGUAGCAGAGAGUACUUAGAUAUUUGGAUUUUCUACCUGGGCAGAUCAUCUGUUAAUUAUUCUCAUGCACGCUCACCGUUUCGAGAAAGUGCUUUCUAGAGAUCUAAGCCUCGCUCUUACAAAGGCACAUGAGCUUAACUUGACACACGUGAGUAAUUCCAUUAAAUGAAUGUUAUGAAAGUGAAGCAUAUGCACACGGCUUUGCAGGAUUGGGGCAUAAGCAAAUGAGCAGCAGUUCUAUCCCACCCCCUUGAAAAAGACUCUGUAGAGAUGGCACUGAGGGGUUCCAUGUUUAAACUCUCAGUGCCUUUCCGAUCAAAUUUGCUCCAUUUACAAGUAAAAAGAAAGUUUUUCUACUUCUCAACCCUGCAAGGUCAACCUGGGAUCUGAAAGUCAAGCUAGGUUCUGUAAUAAAACCUUGUUAGGAAGUUUCUGAAAAUUACAGUGGCAGAAUCUUAAUUAACGAUAAGGAUACGCACGCUUCAGUGUGCGUAUCUCUAGCUCAUUCUCCCAUUGCUGUAUUGACUCAGCAAUACUGACAGAAAGAAAAACAUGUAAUUUUGUCACUAAAAUCAGCAGAGAAUUCUCAAUGCCCAUUGGGAGAACAGAGCUGUGGGUGUAAGAAUGAGCCAUUUUUACAGAGUUCCUUUUCUGACCGUCACCACAGAGAACUAGAGCCUUGCUUAUGCAUAACCCUUAUGGUGAUGAUUCUCAGUGCAGUGUGGACACCACUUAGCAGACGUUCACAUUUAGGUUCAACAAGCAUGUUCAAUGCAGCAGAGACCUAACCUAAAUGAGACUUGACUUUAUUAGCUUUAUGGGAUCUAGACAGAGGACCUUCUUUAAAAAAAAAAAAAAAAGCUUUUCAGCUAUUUCACAUUAUUACGUUUUGGCAGUGCUUUCAGAAUUGAUUUAAAGAAUAAUAUUCUUCUUAUUUUAAAUCACCUUCCACCCUGGGACUAUAAUGUGACCAAUCCUGCUGAAAAUGGUACAUUAAGCAAGCUAUAGGAUUUAAGGAGAACGAAUCCCCUCCUAUUUCAUGCGUCACUACAUAGAUAAAAAGCUAUGUUGAUGUCAAGAUCCUUUGGCUUUAGACAGUUAAUUACGAAUAGUAUUUUUAUGUGAGGUUUAAAUGUAACAUUUCCCGAAUAAAACCGUCACUUUGAGAUGGCAGAGAUUUGGGGGCCAGAUCCUCAGCUGCUGUAAAUCUGUGUAGCUCCAUUUACCUCAGUUUACACCAGCUGAGGAUCUGGUCUUUUAUGUACAAAAAUCAAACAAUGAAUAAGGAACCCAAACCUAGUCCCCACAUCAAAGCAAAAUCAGACGUUUGGGGGUUUGGAUCCGGGUCCAAACUAUGCAACUUGGGCCCAACUCAGAUUAAAAAUCCUAUUGUGACUGAAGCAUCCGUUUUAGUUUAAUGUUCUCUUCGUCUUAUUGUCUCAAAGUGCAUUAUGGGGCAUGCACACAAGGGAUGCUUAAAGACAGGCAUAGUUAAUUGACUACGUUAGGUCCUAAAAGAGUGGAGCUAUAGGUACUGUGCAGGAGGGUGUGGGAAAUAGCUUCACUGUCCAAACCACAGAAAGAAAAACACAGCUGAAAGAUUGAGACAACCCAAGGGAAUCCUGGUAUGGCUGCAAUCAGGGUUUAUAAAUCACUAUGUAAAAGAACAAUACUUCUGAUAUUAUAGAUUAACCUCUCUAGUAUGAAAAUAACAUUUGAGAACCUGGCAAGCCAGCUUUGUAUCUCACUAGCAGCCUAAGCCUGACUAGUAAUGGAAAACAGGCUUCCUCAAAAAGGGCUGACCACUUUGAAAAGUAAAUUUUCUACAUAAAUUCAGUAGUCCAGAUCCUGUGGCCCUACUGACUUCAAUGGGAGUUUUGUCUAUGUAAGGUCUGCAAACUCAGCUACUAUGACUUUCACUCGCUGUAUGAGGAUUUGCAACACCAAAAGCAGAGCACUUUAUAAGAUCACUAUAAAUCAGGACUAACUCCAGUGGCUCCUGAUUCACACCAGUGUAAGAGACAGCAGAAUUUGGCCCUGAUUCUUUAAACUUGCUUUUCAAAUGGGUUCUGAGAUACUACUGAAAUGGUUUUCUAGAGGUGAAAUGGCACCCUCUAGUGGAUGUACGUUGCUCACUCCUCUGGUUAGAAAUGGAGUAGAGAAAAUGAAGUUUACAAUUGCUACUACUGGUGCACCCUCUACCCCGCUUGUCCUCCCCCUUCUUCUCUGAACUUAGACUCUUUCAUACUCUGCAUAUGGUGACUUCUUUUGUAAAUGUAUUUGUGCAUUUAACUUCCUUAAACUCAAAGUAGGGUGCUCAAACAUUUCAAAAUAAAUAGUAGUCAUUGUCAAAAGUCUCAGUGUUGCAACAGGACCCCCAUGCCCUUGUGGGGACCCACUGUCAUCACUAGAACAGCAUACUAGCUGAUCCCAUAGCUGGAUUGCCUCCCUCUAAAAAACCUUGCUAUAAUAUCUGAGCUAAAUGGAUCCGUACUUUAAAAAAAAUACAACAACAAUCUUGAAUAGGGUUAAAAAUGUGUCCUGUGGGUAAACUACAAUCCUGCUCUUUCACAUUUAUUUGCGCCCAAAUUGGCUAGUUCUCUUUUCAUGCAGUGACAGUGAAAAGGGCCUUUCUUGAGACAAAGGGAACGUCUUUUGUAUAGAAUGAUAAUCAGCUAAAUAGUCUUGCAAGACUUUACAGUGGUAUGUCCUAGCACUGUGAGAGUUAGUUAUGUGUCAGCAUUUCCAUUAUACUGUACACACCUUUUAAAAAUAUUCUAUUUAGUCAUAUUUUAUAGGAGUAUUAAAAAAGGUUAUUGGCUAAUGAAUCACUUUUGCACUUGUAUAACUCAGAGCUUAGUUUUAAAAAAUAAAUAUGGCAAAUGAUGAUUUGUCCAUGUGUUCUGCUUGCUUUUGGCAUUUUGAAAAGCAAUCCUCAAGAAAGGUUAAAAUAGUCUAGUGAACUGGCUAGUGUGAAUGUGCACUACUGCUCGCUACUGGAUGGAACCAGGACUGCUUAAAAUGUGCGUCACAGGCCACAUGCUGCUGACUGGAGAUUAUCCUGUAGUUCAAGUGGGCCUGUGUUUCUGGAGCAGGAGGAUAAAGGAAAUAUAAGUGUGAUAUAUGCAAGCUUUCACUUCAGUCACUAUUGUUUUCUGUACAAAUUAUGAUAAUUCCUGGCAAGAUAUGAAGCUAAAAUUAAAAUCUAAUUUAAGUAGUUGCAAUUCCAUUGACUUUCAUAAACUUACACUGCUUAUACCAUAUCUGAAUUUGCCUGGGAUUAUGUAAAAAUAGCACACUGCAUUAGUUCAGAAAAGCAAGUAUGUAUCUCUACCAACUGAAAUCACUCCACGGUGGCUGUUAAAAAUGGGUAAACAUGAUACAUAUGCAUGUUUAAAUAGGUAACUUGGCACUGAGAAAAUGCCUAAUCUUAAAAAGAAAAGAACAAUACUAAUCCUGAUUCCCACAAAAUAUCAGAGUGAUGGUUUAUGGUCUACCAUGUCAAUUCAUAUAGGGUAUUUUUCCUCUUCCUCUAGGAUAGUCCUGAAGGAUUGUUUUGUUGUUUAAGGCAAAGAACUGGAGCCAGAAGAUAUGGGUUCUCUACCAAGCUCCGCCAGAGAUUUCUUGUGUGUGACCUUCUGCAAGUCGUUUAGAUCUAAUUUUCAUAAGUGACUAAUGAUUUUGGUGCUCAAUAUGAGGCAUCUUAAAGGGGCCUGAUUUUCAGAGAGAUGGUGCUCAGAACUUUGUGAAAAUCAGGACCCUUUAAUGUCUCAGAUUGCCAUCCAAAAAUUGAAGCACACAAAAAUCAUUGGUCUCUUUACAAUGUAGACCUUAUUCUUUGUGUCUGGUAUAAAAAGGUGGCAGUGAUGGGAUCCAGGGGUAAAAUGGUCUGUAUAACUCCUAAUUAUUCUCUACUGCUAGGCAGCAUGUGAGCUUGCCCAAGCAACGAGAAAAGAUUCUUUAGCUGAUUUGUAUUGAAACGUGACAAUUGUCUAAAUGCCAUUUGUGUUUGAAUAGUGCAUAAAAGGGAAAAACCACAUUGCCUGGAAAUAAGCCCAAUGGUUGCCAAAGUGAACAUUGGAGGCCAUGUUUCCAGACAGGCCUCACCUGGACUCUGUAUGGGCACAGAAGUUAUAUGCACAAAAUUCCAUUAAGCACUUAAUCUGAACACACAAAUGGGCUGUUACACUUCUAUAGUAGGGCAUUUGCACACACAAGUGAUAGUGUGCAAUCAGGGCCUGAUCCUGCAAGAUGCCGAGCAACUCUUGGGAGUCAGAAUUGAAGGCAUGUCUUACCUCCAAUUGUUAUUAGCACCUUACAGGUUCAUGCCCUGAUUACUUGCACAACUGACUGCACACCCAAAGUUGUGCAUGUAUUUUGUUACCGGUGGUGUGCUUGGGGCUGUGCAAGACACAAAUCAAGAUAAUCACCACCCCAAAGAGUUUACAACCUAGACAGGACAGAUAUUAGAGUGCACAGGAUGCACUGGGAAGCCCAAAGCAGGCAACAACUAGAAUGAUUAUUGCUGACUCACUUUUUGCACAGAGGCCCUGUUUUCAAAGGGGACUCAACACCUCACAGAAUUGGGCUUGUAGUUACUUACUGCCUGAUAAUGGAGAGUCUGCACAUUAUUUGUUAGAAUUACUCCCAGACUCAUCAGAAUGAUUUAUCUGAGGUGAUAACAGCCCAGCAGUACUUUGUCAUAGAUCGGGGUGGGGACAGGAACUGUUUUUUCCUGGAAGAGGGAUGUUGGGCCGGUUAUUAUGAAUAAUCCUGAUUAGUGCAACUGCUAUUCGCUUUGGUUUUGGUUCAGCAAUUUCCUGCUAGCCAUUGAAACUCAAAAUCACAGAACACUGUUUGUAGGUUUCCUCCUCCCCCUCCAUUCAAGAUUCUUUAAUUAAAAAAAAAAAACCUUGCAAAUUCAGUUUAAGUACUGCAAUUAUUUAUCCACUGUGUUAAUGUAUAAGAAAAUAAA